AUGAGCGAUGAUGGAGGGAAGGACACGGAUGACCUUUGGAAGGGAGCCCAUGAGGUCAAGCUUCCUUCCGGCAACGCUAUUCUUCAGGUUCAGGGGAUUGGUUCUCCCACACGGACCGUCUUUGCUCGCAUCUGUGCACCUGUCUCGGAAGAAUCAUCAGUAGUAGUUGACGCCUCAUCCUAUACAGUACAGCAAAUACUACACAUCAUCCUCCAAGAAAUCCAACCAGAAACCAACGCUAUUCCAAAUAAUCUUGAUGCAGAGGAAUUGCUCGGGUUGGGAUCCAUAUGGCGACUCUCCAAGACGGCACAUCACCAGAGCAAGUGGAAACGGACACGAUUGUUCCAACAAAAUGCCAUGGACCAGGUAUCCUACUACUGUGGAGCCUCUUCCGCCAAUACAAGAAAACACAACAAAGGAGCAGAAGAAUCCCUUCGAGUGCAUUAUUGUCCUAGUCGAUUUCCUGCCGUGGCUUUCGUUGAUUGGACUCUUCCAUUAAUGCAACACACUACGAUCCAAUCGGCGGCACAAACACAGCCACCAACGGCGAUUCAACAUUACGACCCUGAGUUUGGCUUUUGCGUCGUCCACAAACCCAGUGGUCUGCCAUCCCAUGCUACCGUGGACAAUGGAGUCGAAAAUGUCUUGUACUCAAUACAACAACAGCAACAGCAAUUUCAGCGACAACACAACAACAAGAAAUGCAGUCUCCCGCAACGACUGGAUAUUGACACGGAAGGGCUCUUGGUAGUGGCCAUGCGAUCGGAAUUUGCCUCGUUUAUGGGACGCCUCUUGCAAGACAAGACACUACUGCAAAACAGCAACAAUGACAACAACGACGGAAAUAGGACAACCAGUGGAAUUCACAAGCAGUACAAGUGUUUACUUCGAGUUCCAAACACCAAAGCCCGUGAAAGUCUGAUUCAACAGUAUUACCGACACAACGACAGCAAACAAUCAUUGGUGAUUCACUAUACCGAUCCAAAGUCUGCCGCUCCCAAACCAUUCGUCUUGGAGCCAAGAAUCGGUUGGCAGCAGUGUGCCUUGCGAAUCAUCGAGGUUGGACCCAUUGGUACACUGCAAGGCAGCUGCAAUAAGCACAACAACAAUACACAGGAAGAAGAAAAAGUCAUGGAAGUUACCGUGGAGUUGUUGACGGGACGCACACACCAGAUCCGAGGACAGUUUGCCGCACUGAACUUGCCACUCGUAGGAGAUCUCCUGUACUACUGUAACAAUAUGAAUGGCAAACCACAACAACCACAAAGUGGAGACUCGACUUGGGACAAAGUCCGGAAUCGGGGGGUUCAAGACGCUCAAGACUACUCUCCUCAUCCACCUGUAGUAUUGGCACUGCAGUGCUGCUCCUUGAGCUUUCCCAAACCAAAAUGGGAUAGCACUCCUCGUGGCCGCAGAGUGUUGGUCCCGGAUGAUAGUAAGGAAGUGUGCUCCUUCGCACUGGACCGGGCAUGGUGGUCUGAUUUAGUGGGCUGA